UUUCGAGACUGAGGCGCUAGAAAAUGAUGGACAACUAUGAACAGGCACGAUUGCCCACAGAACGUCUGAAGGAUAUCGGCGAUAUUCAUCAAAUCAACUUCACGGAGGAGUCCGUAUUCGAGCAUGUCGAUGUAAAAACACAAAAUUUUAAUUUUGGCGCCAAUAUUUUAAGCACAACAACAAUGUCAUCGUCUACACUAAUUUCGGCGGCGACCAGCGAAGAGCAGAUCAAAACAAACGCAAUGAAUGAAAUACAAACAAUAACAUUGCCGCCAACGCUAACCACAGAAGAUUUACAAAUAGUUGCCUCUUCAAUCGCAGAUACACCACCGGUCAGUGUCGACGAGGAGGCACACGAUUCGGAAGAGUGCACCGGAGGAGAGCUGACAGUAGAAGAUAUAAUUCACGGCGGUUCCAGCCACACCACAGAUGACAUUGACAACUCGCAACUGUCACAGGAAUCGUCACAGGCCGGCGUGGAGGUGAGUGCCAAAAGCUGUAGUAUCAAUAAUGACGAAGACGAUGCAGAUGGUGAUGAGGACGAUGAAGAUUCAGAUGACUCCUCAUCAGACUCAGACUAUUCCGACUUAAGUGGUCUAUCAGAUAUGUCCGGAAAGGAAUGGAAACCAAUCAGCCGGCCGCUGAACUGGGUGCAGAAGCAAAUACAUUCGGGUGCAAAUCCUCGCGAAAUAUUGUCGAAGUUUUUGCCUACAUCCGCCCAACGUAUAAGUCCCGAGUUGACCGAUAUGACAUUGUGGCGCAUAUUGGCCAGUAUGAUGGCCGAACCACCAAGGCGUAAGAAACUGUCGUACGUCAACACUUUCAAUGACGUUAUCGACCUGUUGCAGAAAUCUAAGAAUAUCAUUGUCCUUACUGGAGCCGGCGUUUCAGUGUCAUGCGGCAUACCCGAUUUUAGAUCAUCGGAUGGUAUAUACUCACGUCUGGCCAAAGACUUUCCGAACCUACCCGAUCCGCAGGCAAUGUUUGAUAUCAAUUACUUCUCUCGCGAUCCGAGACCGUUUUUCAAAUUUGCCCGCGAAAUAUAUCCCGGCCAGUUUAAGCCGUCACCUUGCCAUCGGUUUAUAAAGAUGUUGGAACAAAAGCAAAAAUUAUUAAGGAACUAUACCCAAAAUAUUGACACCCUGGAACAAGUGGCCGGCAUAAAAAAUGUCAUUGAGUGCCAUGGUUCCUUUUCGACAGCAUCGUGUACCAAGUGUAAAUACAAAUGUGACGCAGAAAGUAUACGGGCGGAUAUCUUUGCCCAGCGCAUACCUGUAUGCCCGCGUUGUCAGCCCAAUGUGGAGCAGAGUGUGGAUGCGUCGCAGCCGGUAUCGGAACUAGAACUACGACAACUAGUGGAAAAUGGUAUAAUGAAACCCGAUAUUGUAUUCUUUGGAGAAGGACUACCAGAGGAAUUCCACACUGUAAUGGCCAGCGAUAAGGACAAGUGUGACUUGCUAAUUGUUAUGGGUUCAUCACUUAAAGUGCGACCGGUCGCAUUAAUUCCUAGCUCAAUACCGAACAAUGUACCACAAAUCUUGAUAAACCGCGAACAAUUGCAUCAUUUGGAAUUUGAUGUGGAACUUUUGGGAGAUGGUGAUGUGAUUAUUAAUCAAAUUUGCCACCGUUUGGGUGAUGAUUGGAAGGAGAUUUGUUUCGAUGAUCAAAUUCUACACGAAUCUAAGGAACUAAUGACUCUAGGCGAAGAUGAACGAGCUUGUGAAAGUGGUGUGACGAAAGGUACUUCACAUCCGUCAACAGAUAGUAUCUCUGUAAAGUCUAACCAGUCGAACGACUUAAAUCUACAGUCCGGUACAACCUAUUCCGAUUCUGGCUUUGAAACCUCGUCGACAUCGUCUUCAAAACGGGAUGGAGAGUUUUUAUGCCCCGAAUAUAUAGAGGAACCAAUGGAAUCCACAGAUUUUGGUGGUUCUUGUGAUUACCGGCACUUGUCCAUCGAUUCGUCCAAAGAUAGCGGUAUUGUGGGCGAUGGUUCCAAUUCGGCAGUGACUCCCGUCUUUAACAGUAGUUUUUCGGAAACGGGUGACACAAAGAAAUGCCUCGACAUGCCCGCCACAUCAACACAAGCAAUACCGAACAAACCCACAAUGCCUAACAAUUUUGAUGGCCCCAAAACCGUGGCGAAUACAGAGGAGGAUUGCCAAGACAGCAAGCAGAGUAUUCGCAGGAAGCAAAAACGCCAAAGUGCUGGUGAACGCCUGUACAAGGGUACUUAUUAUGCACAUGACCUUUCGGCAUCUUAUGUAUUCCCCGGCGCUCAGGUUUCGUGGUGUUCAGACUCUGAAGAAGACGAUGAUGAUGAUGACGACGAAGACGAUGAUGAUGAGGUUUGCGAUAAUACCACAAAGAUUGAUACAGAAAAACAUUCAGUCAAUAUCGAAGAGGAAGAUGAAACUGCAAAUGCCGCUACACCAUCAUCUGCGUCAAUUAAAACAGUCCCGACAGAACAUGAAACAAAUACCUUCACAAAUGUCAUUACCACAAAUUCCACACCAACAACAAGCUGUUCAACUUCGUCGCCGGAACAACAGCAACCGAAAAAGAGGCAUUCGUUGGAUCAUCCGUCGGAUAACUCCUCCUAUUACAAGGAAGAAGCCGAUAAUGCAUCAACAUCAACUUCAUCGGCAACAGUUAGCACACACAGUCCACCGCCACACAAGAAAAGACGUGAUUCGGCCAAUACAUCUUUGUCGCCCCUAUCUACAGGCCCUUCUUCGCAAUUUGUAAAUACAUUUAAUCACAACAACCACCAAUAA